AUGUCCCAUUCGCAUACCCACGCUCCAGGCGAGACGCACUCGCACUCGCACGCGCCGCCUCAACAGCAGCAGCGACCUGUCCCGCCUCCGCCUGAUCCAGUCCUGCAGGCGCUCAUUGACGCGCAAUUCUCACCUGUCGACCUCACCGUCACCGACGCCAACCUUCUCCUUUGCGCACCACAUUCUCUCGCCGUCUGCGCUGACUGCGAUGUCGACUACUCCAAAACGAAUAUCCUCUCCAAACUGCUCACACAGAACCCCAACAUCAAAGUCCCACCUCCAGGGCAGGUCGUGAACAAGCAAUUGUCAAGUGCGGUGAAUAGCGUGAAGGAGGAGGGCAACCAGUUGUAUAAGAUGCAGCUGUAUGCACAGGCGAUACAGAGGUACACGAUGGCGGCAAGUGUAGCAUCUCAACGUGCGCCGUGGGAGAAUAAUAAUGUGCUGAGGGAGGAGCUCUCGACGGUGCUAUCGAACCGGUCGGCGGCAUAUGCAGGCGCACACGAUUGGAUAUCGGCGCUCGCUGACGCGGAGGCUGUCAUCCAGAUACGAAAAAGCUGGCCUAAAGGCCAUUUGAGAAAGGCGAAGGCGCUGAGAGGACUUGCUAGACUGGAUGAAGCCCAGGACGCCGUUGCAUUUGGCUUGACGUACGAGCCAGACAACAAGGAAUUGCUGGAGUACCGUACAGAGCUCGAGAAGCUCAAAAAGACGAUCGAGGCAGUCAAGGCAGCCAGAUCAGCGUCGAAUAAUUCCACAGAUGCAACUACGACUCCUGCAGCGAGUACGCCUGCUAACCCCGCUGCUUUCAUACCUACGAAAGAGGAAACCUCAUCAUAA